CAUUUAGCACUAAGGAGCACAAAAUGCACUUUUCUUUUCUGAAGAACAACAUCUGUUCCCUGUACUGAUUGGCUCUUUACAACAUCUGAGAGAAAAUGGCAGCGUCUAUGAAAGGCAGAAAGUGUCUUGUCAUUGGUGGCUGUGGAUUUUUGGGUCAGCAUCUGUGUGAAGCUUUACUUGAGAAAGGAUGGUCAGUUCAAGUGUUUGACAUCCGAUCAACAUUUGAAGAUUCAAGAAUUAAAUUUUUCAUUGGUGAUUUAUGUAAAAAAGAGGACCUGAAACCAGCUUUAGAAGGUGUUUACUGUGUAUUCCAUUGUGCAUCACCCGCCCCGCUUAGCAACAACAAAACCCUAUUUUACAAAGUAAAUUAUGAAGGGACAAAGAAUAUAAUUGAAACUUGUCAAGAAGUUGGUGUGAAGAGGCUAGUCUUAACCAGCUCAGCCAGUGUGGUUUAUGAAGGUAAAGGAAUAAGAAAUGGUAAGGAGGAAGAGUUACCGUAUGCAUCUAAACCCCUUGAUUAUUACACAGAGACAAAAAUACUUCAGGAAAAGGCAGUACUGGCUGCCAACUCAGAUGACUUUUACACAGUUGCCAUUCGACCUCAUGGCAUUUUUGGACCCAAGGAUCUUCAGCUUGUUCCCAUUGCAGUAGAUAUGGCAAAGAAAGGAAAAAUGAAAUAUAUUAUUGGUGAUGGUAAAAAUGUUGUUGACUUCACAUAUGUUGGUAAUGUAGUUCAUGGACACAUAUUAGCAGCAGAAAAUUUGAACCUUGGAUCUCCCAUAUGUGGAAAGGCCUAUCAUAUAACAAAUGCUGAGCCCAUUUUUUUCUGGACAUUCAUGACCAGAAUUUUGACAGGCCUGGACUACCCAGCUCCCAGAAUACACCUCCCAUACACUUUGUUGUACAUCCUGGCCGUCAUUAUGCAGUUCGUUGCUUGGCUGCUGAGCCCAUUCAUAACAAUAACACCCUCCUUGACCCCUAUGAAGGUUGCCUUAGCAGGCACAGACCACUUCUACAGCAGUGAGAGAGCAAAGCAGGAUAUGGGCUACAAGCCAAUUUACACUUUGGACCAAGGUUUGAAGCUGACUCUUGAAAGCUACCGACAUCUAGGGAAAAAUGUUAUCACCAGGGUUAUAAAAAUAACCUAAAACAGAAUUGUACUAGUGCAAUAUACCAAAUGUACAGCUUGACAUGCAUCAACAUUGGGCUGUACAGCUAGUGGCAGGCUGUCAGAUGCAAUGCCUUGAGUUACUACUCGAGCAAAUGUUACUUUUAUUAAUGUAACUAUUAGUUUCAAGAUCAAAGUGUUCCAGUUAAUGCAUGUUAGAUCAAUGUCAAAUGAUAUGCAUUUAAUUUGUAUUAUUUCAUACAAGAGAUACAAUUCAUUAAAAUAUAUUACAUAUAAUUGUUUAUUGAAAAGUGAAACAUUUUUCUCUAUGUAUCUUAAGACGAAGGGACUCAGAUAAAAAAAAAAACAAGCAAUAAUCUUGCAAACUUUUUUUGAAUGGAAAUAUUUUUUUAUUUAUAUCUAUCUAUCUAUAUAUAUAUAUAUAUAUAUUAAUUCAAAUAUUGAAACAAUUGCUUUAGUUGCAUUAAAUGCAGUAAUAUCUUAAAUUGGUGGAUCGAAUGUUGAAAUUUAAUUCCAGUAUAAAAUGUAUCUAUUAGAAACAUUAAGUGAAGUCAUUGAAUGGUUUAAAAAAUACCAUAUAGCAUAUAUGUGUAUCUGUAAAUAAUUUUAUUCCAAUUGUGUUAUAAAAAAAUGUAGAUCAAGGCACUUUAUGGUUAAAGCAGUUAACAAAUGGUAGGUCUUAUCUAUGUAACACAAAUGGUGUGUCUGGAUUCAAACCAUUGCUCAAUAUACUGGAAAGGGUUUUGAGGGAAAAAUAGAGGUUACAAUUCCACAGGGCAUAGAUAUUGUUUUAGUGCAUAUAGAUCUAAAGUGAAUGCUGUCAAAUGACAAUGUUUGUUUGGUAUUUAUAAUAUGCAUGUGUGUUUUGGCUGUUGAGUGAUAAUUAUAUACAAUCUCAUUUGUUUUCUUAAUUUAAAUUCUUAUAUAUUCUCCAUUUCUAACCCACUUUAUAAAUUAAUGUUCAUAUUUGUGAAGGUGAAUAAUGAGCUGCCCAGAUGCAGUGGAUUCUAGAUGCCUUAAGUUUUUUUUUUUGACAGAAUUUAUACUAUAUCUAUGUUUAAUCAUUGGAGAAGGCAUUGUUUUAAUGAUCCAUUUGUUUGUAUGAAAUGAUAAUUUUGAUUGCAUUUGCAUUGAUUACAUAAACAGUAAUUUUGAUGACAAUUUUAUAAAAGAUUUUUUAAAUAAAAUUUUAAUUGACUUCAUAAAA